AAUAUAAUAUUUCCCCUGCGAAUCGAGUAAUAAUAAUACCUGUUGUAUAUAUAACUGUAAAGUAAAAAAACUGACGUAUAAAAUAUAACCCGCAGAAAGAUAGACGAUCCGAGUAAUCGUCGUAGUCGCCGUCGUCGUCGUCGUCGAAGAAAUUGAAAAAGAGGAUAUGUAACGACGAAAGAAAAGGGAAUGAAAGAUUAUACGUGAAAAUUGUUGUUUUGACAAUAACGAAAGUGCGCCGUGGACUCGAGGAGGAAACUGACGCGACCGAGUAUCUGCGCUGCGGGAACCUCGGAUGAGCGAGAAACUGAGCGAACGAUCUGCCCUCGUCCUCGUGGAACAACAGGUGAGAGAACGCGGUGCUGCUGCUGCUGCUGUUGAUGCUGAUGUUGCUGCUGCAGCCGCCAGUCGCGCUUAUACAUCUGGACGUGCGCACGGGGUGAAGGACCAGGAUUAAAAGGAAAAAGGGCCCACCUUGCAUCGGCGGCAUGGAGCUGCUACCUCUGGCGUUGGCCGUUUUGACCACUGUCCAACUCUCGGUUGCCGUUUCCGAGAGUAUAAAAGGAACUCGACAAACGUGCGACGUCGAGGGCGAAGAAUUCACGGUCGACAAGAUACCAAAUUCAAAAUGUUUUGCGUGCAUCUGCAAGAAUGGGUUCGUGGAAUGCCCCCAGCCAGAAUGCCCGAUCGUUGAGGGCUGUUACAUGCUACUGGAGGCACGAGAUGACGACUGCUGUCGCCGUUGUAAAGGAUGCGUCCACAACGGGAUUCAUCACUCGUCAGGUACCGAAUGGAAGGAUCCAAACGAUCCGUGUAAAAUUUUAACUUGCCGAGCCGGAGUCGUUACGGAAUCGAAGCUGCGAUGCCACACGCAGUGUCCUAAUCCGAUGCCUCCUGCACCAGGGCAAUGUUGCCCGAUAUGUACGGGGUGUUUGGUAAACGGUCAAAAAGUACCGCCAGGAAGAGCCGUGACAACGACCGAAGAUCCGUGCCUGACUUGCCGAUGCGAAAAGGGCCGGCUUAAUUGCGCUAAGCAAGCUUGUCCGGUGCUGCAUUGUCCUCCGUCGCGAAUGUACACCGAACCAGGAAAUUGUUGUCCCCAGUGCCGAGGUAAAAGAGGGUUUCUGGAACCACCUCGAGGUGCCUGCAUGUUGGGUACCCGUGUCUAUCCAUCGGGAACUCCAAUCAGCCCUGACCAUUGCACGAGAUGUUCAUGCAUGAACGGCACGGUGAUGUGCACCAAAGAAACGUGUCCCGUUCUGGAUUGCGCGCCGGAGCAACAAAAAACUCAGCAAGGACGUUGCUGUCCGCAGUGUCCGAUAUUCGAGGACUUCCACAGCUCUUGCAGUUACGGUGGUCGAACUUACGAGGAUGGCGAGACUUGGAAAUUGGAUGUCUGCAAGUCGUGCGUAUGCAUGCAAGGGAAGGUACGCUGCGCGAUGCACAUGUGUCCCUCGCUGACGAUACCUUGUCCACCAAAUUCGAAAUUGGAACACCCCAAGGACCAGUGCUGUCCGCGGUGUGUGGAAAGUGACGGUGUUUGCACGGUGUUCGGCGACCCGCACUACCGAACUUUCGACGGAAGGUUUUUCAGCUUCCAAGGUACGUGCAAGUAUCAGCUGACCGCUGAUUGCACCAACCACACCUUCAGCAUUCGAGUAACAAACGACGGUAGAUCGACGAGAUCUUCUGCCUGGACGAAGGCGAUAGCGAUCAAGGUUGCCGAUCUGAAGGUGAAUCUGGGUCAAAAGAUGCGAGUAAAGGUGAACGGUAAAAGGAUCGAAGUGCCAUACCGGCUGGAUAACAGGCUGGACAUAAACAGGACAUCUGACAGCGUACUGGUGACGACUCAUAUCGGUAUAAAAGUGUUGUGGGAUGGUAUCAGCUUCAUCGAGGUAUCGGCACCGACCACAUACAGAGGCCGUCUCUGCGGUCUAUGCGGUAACUUCAACCAUGUACCAAAAGAUGACCUUACCACUAGACGCGGUAAACUUCUCCAAGAUGCGAACCAAUUCGGUAAGUCGUGGAUGGUCGGAUCCAAGAAACUCUGCGCCCGGACACGACAGAAUUAUCCGUUCACCGAGAGAAGGUGCCGGGGAAGAAAAGACCACAGAUUCUGCAACCGGUUGCGAUCGGAGGUGUUUUACCAGUGCCAUAAGAAGGUGAACCCGACGAUGUACUACAAGUCGUGUUUGACGGACAUGUGCGAGUGCCCGACGGGGCGAUGCUACUGCGAGUCGUUCACAGCCUAUGCCCACGAGUGUCAGAGGUUGGGGGUCCAGUUGCCCCACUGGCGGGGCCCUAUGAAGUGUCCAAACGCUUGGACAACGGCCGGACUUAAUGCCAGAGGGAGGGAAAUCGCCCCGCGAAAUCUUCACCAUUCGCGCCGGCAGUCGCUGACGAUGCUUCACUGAAGCUGCGUUCAUUGUAUGUUCGAAUUUGAAGCACAGAGGGCAUAGUGCUUCGCCAGACAAUUUACUAGUCACUGCUUCAUGUCAAUACGCGUAAAUGAGCACCAACGCAGUAUUUUGGCCGAUUGAGCGGGCUCGCGGCGUCACAUCUACAUCCCAGUGUAUCUCAGCAUAUUAAUAUACUAUAUAAAUCAUUAGGUUGUUAAGAUUUGUUGUAUAGUAUCUAUAUUCUAUACAAUAUAGAUAUUACGUACGUUAGGAAAAUAUUUUAUAUGCAUAUGAAAUGAUAUUGUUUUACAUAUAUAUAAUAGGGUGGUUCUUAAAAAGGUUAAAAAUUGGCUCCGCAUAAUUUAAGAAUAAAUCCUUAAUUUUUUCAGAUUUUUAUCUCAACUCUAAUCGGUAUCAGAAAAUGGGUGGAUUUCCCCAUUCAAGCCAUUCAGGGGCAUAUCGAUUCUACCGAACGGAUUUUCAUGAAAUCUGGUACGUGGGGGUUUUUUGGAUCGCUGAUUGCGAACCUAAACUCAAAAUUUCAAAAUUCAAAGUGUCGGAUCCAAUGCGAUGGACCAAAACCCCAAAAUUAACUUGAUAUUGUCAUAUUCGAUCCAGGAUUUUGAAUUAUAUUGUAAUUUCAAGUUCAGAUUCGUAAUUAAUGCCGUCGAAAACCCCCGACUACCGAAUAUUAUCGAAGUCAAAUGAAUUUUUGGAUUUCAAUCCACCAUAUUGGAUCUGCCAUUUUAAAUUUUCUAAUUCUGAGUUCACGUUCGUAAUCAGCGACCCAAGAAACACUCCUAUUCAAAAUUUUAUCUAAAUCCGUAGGGUAGAUUUAACGUGUCCCUGAAAGCGUUGAAUGAAAUGAAAUCCACCCUCUUUGAUAUAAAAAUCUGAAAAAAUCAGGGAACUAUUUUUGAAGUAUCUGGAGCCGGUCGAAAUUCAAAUAUUACCUUUUUAAGGACCACCCUAAAUUAUAUACACAUACACAUAUAUCAAUGUCUCGAUAAAAUUGUGUCCACUACACAUGUCUAUAUAACUAUAUGUAUAUGUUUAACGUAUGUAUGUGAGCAUAUAGGCAUGAUUAAUAUUUUAAUAACGAUCGGACUACCCGCGCAUGCCAUUUAUGUAUGUACGUACAUACCAAUUGUACUCAUUUUAGUAUUAUCGCAUUAUCUUUCGUUUUUCCCUACAAUAACUUUUAUUCUUCGUAAAUUUUCUAUGCGAUCCAAGUACGAAACGAUAAUAUAAUGAAAACGUAGCAUCGAUCUUUAAACGCAAGAGAUAUAAAUCAAUCAGUGGGUCGAAAGUUGAAAUAGAAUUUUUCCACGCUUUGCAUUUAUAUUAUUAUCAUUAUUAUCAACGUGAUUUGCGUAACUAUCGUUUAAUUGUUAUUUAUUCGUUCUUAUGCGUGUUAUUAAAUUUUCCCAACAACUGCAGUGGACCUUAGUAACGAAUUUACGAUAAACGAUCAAUCAACGCUCAACGAACAAAUGUAAAGUAAAAAAAUUGGGCAAAAAUUGUUUGCACUGUAUUGCUAAACGUCACGCUGCGCUGUUAUUACUAUACAACAUUAUUAGCGUGUAUAUAAAAAACAAACUUAGUGCAAAAAUUUACCAACAUUUAGUACUCGCUAUAAAAGUUUUGUCAAUGUCACAAUAUUUACGUAUUCUAUAUUUAUACUUCAUAGAAUGAUAUAUAUUUUGAAAAACCGAUCGAAUCCAGUUGGAGAACGAGACAACGAGUGUGACAUAUUUCGAAGGAUACACGUAGCGAUACUACGACGCAGGCAUUUAAAAAACAAAAAGUGCGAUGGAAAGUGGAGCUCGGGAGAAAAUCAAAUGCAUUUGCAAUCGUUUGAGAAAUUAAUAAAUCCCGUCCACUCUUAGCUGUUUAAUACGAAUUAUUCGUUAAACCUUCCAACUAGGUACGAUAAAAAAUAAAAUAGAACAUCGUAA